AUGGGGAAGAAGUCCCGGGCGGUACCCGGCCGAAGGCCCAUCCUGCAGCUCUCUCCGCCAGGUCCCCGGAGCAGCACGCCGAGCAGGGACCCAGAGCCGGAACCCGACGCCGAACCGGACUCGACGGCGGCAGCGGCGGCGUCCAGCCAGCCGGCCCCGGCAGCGGUGUCGACGACAACCGCGGUGACUGCCGCCGCGGCGGCCUCGGAGGACUCGCCCUCAGAAGAUCCCGAUGAACAGGAGGUGGUGGUGGAGGUUCCCAGAGUUGUUCAGAAUCCUCCCAAACCAGUCAUGACCACCAGGCCCACUGCUGUUAAAGCAACAGGAGGUCUGUGCUUGCUUGGUGCAUAUGCUGACAGUGAUGAUGAAGAGAAUGAUAUUUCAGAAAAACCAGCACAGUCUAAGGAAGCAAAUGGAAACCAGUCAACCGAUAUUGAUAGUACAUUGGCCAACUUCCUAGCGGAAAUUGAUGCAAUAACAGCGCCUCAGCCCGCGGCUCCUGGAGCAGCGUCUGCUCCGCCCCCAACUCCACCCCGGCCAGAGCCGAAGGAAUCGUCACCGGCCCUUUCUUCCGCUACACCUAAUGGGACGGACUCAACCCAGACGGCAGGGUGGCAGUAUGAUACCCAGUGUUCACUGGCAGGAGUUGGAAUUGAGAUGGGAGAUUGGCAGGAGGUCUGGGAUGAGAACACAGGAUGCUAUUAUUAUUGGAACACACAAACAAAUGAAGUGACUUGGGAAUUACCCCAGUAUCUUGCCACUCAGGUACAAGGAUUACAACAUUACCAGCCCAGUUCUGUAACAGGUGCUGAAGCUAGUUUUGUGGUAAAUACUGACAUGUAUGCUAAGGAGAAGAAUGCUUCUGUUUCCAGUAGUAAAAGUGGACCAGUCAUAGCCAAGCGAGAAGUUAAAAAGGAAGUAAAUGAAGGAAUUCAGGCUCUCUCAAAUAAUGAGGAGGAAAAGAAAGGGGUGGCAGCAUCACUGCUUGCUCCUCUGCUGCCUGAGGGAAUAAAAGAGGAGGAAGAGAGAUGGAGAAGAAAGGUAAUUUGUAAAGAAGCAGAGCCAGUUUCAGAAGAGAAAGAAGCAAGUGCAGAAGCAGCAGCAGCAGCGAAGCCACAGGAAGUCCUGCUGGACAGUGUGGAAGACCCUGCUCAGGAGGAUCUUUGCAGUGUUGUUCAGUCGGGAGAAAGUGAGGAGGAAGAAGAACAAGAUACCCUUGAGCUGGAGCUGGUUUUGGAAAGGAAAAAAGCAGAAUUGCGAGCCUUGGAAGAAGGAGAUGGUAGUGUGUCAGGGUCUAGUCCAUGUUCUGACAUAAGCCAGCCGGCAUCUCAAGAUGGAAUGCGUAGACUUAUGUCUAAAAGAGGAAAAUGGAAGAUGUUUGUUCGUGCAACCAGUCCAGAGUCUACCAGCCGGAGUUCUAGCAAAACUGGACGAGAGACUCCAGAAAAUGGAGAAACUGCAGUUGGUGUUGAAAAUUCAGAAAAAAUAGAUGAAAACUCAGACAAAGAGAUGGAAGCAGAAGAAUCUCCAGAAAAAUUAAAAGUACAGACAGUACCUAAAGUAGAAGAAGAACAGGACUUGAAAUUUCAGAUUGGAGAACUGGCAAAUACCCUGACAAGUAAAUUUGAGUUUUUAGGCAUUAGUAGACAGUCCAUCUCCAACUUUCAUGUGCUGCUUUUACAAACUGAGACUCGGAUUGCUGACUGGCGGGAAGGGGCUCUUAAUGGAAACUACCUUAAACGAAAACUUCAGGAUGCCGCAGAACAGCUAAAACAAUAUGAAAUAAACGCCACUCCUAAAGGCUGGUCCUGCCACUGGGACAGGGAUCAUAGACGAUAUUUCUAUGUAAACGAACAGUCGGGCGAGUCUCAGUGGGAGUUCCCAGAUGGUGAGGAGGAAGAGGAAGAAAGCCAAGCCCAAGAAAGUAGAGACGAGACUCUUCCUAAGCAGAGCUUGAAAGACAAAACUGGCACUGAUUCAAAUUCUGCAGAAUCUUCUGAGAAUUCCACAGGUUCUCUUUGUAAAGAGUCCUUUUCGGGCCAAGUAUCUUCUUCAUCACUCAUGCCACUCACUCCGUUCUGGACUGUCCUUCAGUCAAAUGUGCCUGUGCUGCAGCCUCCGUUACCUCUGGAGAUGCCGCCCCCUCCGCCGCCACCCCCCGAGUCCCCUCCUCCCCCCCCUCCUCCCCCUCCUCCGCCCGUGGAAGAUGGUGAGAUCCAGGAGGUGGAGAUGGAAGACGAGGGGAGUGAGGAGCCGCCUGCUCCAGGCACGGAGGAGGACACUCCACUGAAACCCGCGGCACAGGCCACAGUCAUCACCAGCCAGAGUUCAGCCGAUUCUACCAUCUCUAGCUCUCCUUGCACUAAAGCAGUAAAGAGGAAAGCCGCAGAGAUGAGCCCUGUUGUGGUUCAGCGGUCAGCCACCAUUGGUAGCUCUCCAGUCCUGUACAGCCAGCCAGCUGUGGCUGCAGGUCAACAGGCGGCAGGGGUUGGACACCAGACUGCAGGAGCUGGACACCAAGCAAUAGCAGUUAGCCAUCCAGCAACAGGAAUGGGCCAUCAGGCCAGAGGAGUGAACCUGCAGUCAAAUUACCUAGGCCUGGCAUCGGCUUCUGCACUGAUGGGCUAUGCUGAAUGUUCUGUGCCGAUGGCAGUGACCGCUCCCGCAUUGCAGCCGGUCCAGGCCCGAGCUGCUGUGCCCACCACUGCCCUUAUCGAACCACCUCCCCCUCCUCCUCCACCUCCUCCUCCACCUCCACCUCCACCAGCUCCCAAAAUGCCACCACCGGAGAAGACGAAGAAAGGAAAGAAAGAUAAGGCAAAGAAAAGUAAAACCAAAAUGCCAUCUCUGGUAAAGAAGUGGCAGAGUAUCCAGCGUGAGUUAGAUGAGGAGGAAAACUCUAGUUCCAGCGAAGAGGACCGAGAAUCCACCGCACAGAAGCGCAUUGAAGAGUGGAAACAGCAGCAGCUGGUCAGUGGCAUGGCAGAGAGAAAUGCUAAUUUUGAAGCUCUUCCUGAAGAUUGGCGAGCAAGACUGAAGAGACGAAAAAUGGCUCCAAACACAUAG